AUGGUCAAUUCCAUCGCCGAGCGCUACAGCUUCCUCGGCUCGGAACCGCCGCGCAGAGCGCGAGACGGCUCGGCGGCCCUCCCGCUCGUACAACGAGGCGGCGCAGAGCAGCGGCGGCGGGGCGACACGAGCCGGGUCUCGGUCGAGGGGGCGAUGAACGGCGCACGAGGCGGGCGAGCGGUGGGCGAGCACGGCCAAGACGGUGUGGGCGUGGCGCGGCGAGACGGCGAGAACCGCCGAGCGAGGGCGACGUCGACGUCGUCCGUCGCGACGUGCGCCUCGGUCGACGACGGGCUCUUCAGCGCCCUCGUCGCCGCCUUUCCCUCACCGCCCGUCGAGGGGCCCAUGUCGCCGGGCCUCGACUCGCCCUCGUCCGCGACCGGGAGCAGAGGCUCGCGACGGCCGAGCCUGCCGCCGCCCUGUCCGCCGCCGCGCGCUCCUCUUCCACCUCUGCCAACGUCGAGCACUUCGUCGAGAGCCGACGUCGCGGCCCUGUCCUCGACGAGGAAAGCGCCGCCCCUUCCGCUUCCUCCUACACCUCCUUCCGCGUCCAUCGUCCACGUCGGUCUCGGCAUCGACGUCUCGCGACCCUACACCCUAUCCUCGAAGCACACCUCGACAAGCGCGCAAAAGCCGCUCCCGCCGCUCCCGGUCGCGAGCGGCAGCCCGACGUCGCCGCGCUUCCGACGCCUGCCGCCGACGCCGCCGCCCGCACGACCCGGGCUCGUCGAGCACCCAUUCGCUCCGCCUCCGAUCCCGAAGACGUAUGGCGACGCCCGCACCCGCACCUACUCGACCUCGAGCGGCUCGAGCCGCUCGUCGCUCGACCUCGGCAACAUCACGGCCGACUUGAGCGAGCUCGCCGAGUCGUUCGCGAGGAUGGGUCCGAGCGCUGCCAGCGGGCGGCAGGACGGGCUCGGCGGGGGCGAUGUUCGAGACGUCGAGGAGGAGAGAGGGAAAGAGCGGUUGGGCGAGAAGGAGGAGGACGAGGACGAGGACGAGGAGGAGCAGCGCGCGCUCGUGCGCCGCGUGCAGAGCCUGAUCGAGCUGCAGCGGCGCAAGGCGAGCGUCGCGAGCAGUGUCGGGGGCAGGAGCGCGAGUGUUGCGAGCGAGGCUGGGAGCGCGUUGACGACUGGCGGGUAUAGGGCCUACAAGCUCACGCACCGCUCGUCGUUCCUCCCUCCAUCGCCAACGACGACCCGUCGCCGUCGCCGCCGUCGCACGACCUCGUCGACGAGCUCGUCGUCGACGUCGACGUCCGACUCGGAAGCCGAGUUCGACCUGUCGCUCGACACGCCGGCGACGUCGCCUGCGCUCGAGCGCGACGGGUUUGGCUGGACGACGAUGAGGGGCGUUGGGGGCCGGUAUGGGCGCAGGCAGAGCUCGGCGACGACGAUCGAGAGCGUGGGAGGAGGGGGAGGAGGCGGCAAGGGCGAGCAGGGGUGGGGUCCGCACAACGAGCAGGACGACGAGGUCGAGGUGCUCGCUUCGCCGGUGACGAGGCGCAGCGCGAGCAGUGCGCCGAUCCCUGCGCCGAGCGUCGGCCGUCGAGCGCUGCCGACGACGCGCUCGCACCUCGCUCCGCCGCCCUCGUCCGCCCUGCCGCGCCCGUCCCUCUCGAACGCCCGCGCCUCGCCCUCCCUCCGACGCCCCGCCCUCCCUGUACCCUCUUCUUCGCCCGCCGCACCGCCGCACCGCCGCCCCUCGGCGAGCGCGCCGCCGACGCUCCCCCUCCCGCCCGUCCCCGUCCUCGAGCCCGACCCUGCCACCGAGCGCCGCACGGCUCUGCCGCAGCCGCACGCAGUGGCGACGGCGACGGCGACGGCGAGCGCGAGCAGGCUCCGCCCGCUCGUCACCGCCUCGUCGGCGCGCCUCGGGCCGUCCGCGUCGCCGGCCGUCUCGCGCCUCCCGGCCCUGCAGCGCCUCAAGCCGCUCCUCGCCAGCUCGACGCUGCGUCCCCCGCAGCCUGUCGGCGCACCGUCGACGGUCGCUCGAGCGCCUGGGGCACGGACCGCACCGGCAGAGGGGGCGCGAGCGGCGCGUCACGGCCGGCGGUCGUCGCUGCAGAUGCUGCCGUACCUCGUGACGGAGCAGGAGGGGUUGUCGGCGGCGAGGGACGGGGCGGUGCGGCUGCCGAGACGAUGA